GGUGGCCGCCAUUUUGUGCCAUGACGGCGGCGAGGGCGCCGGCAGCAACGGUGGCUCCGUUCCCCAGCGGGGCUUGGGGGGGUCCGGGGGGGCUCGCGCCGUCCCCGCCGCGUUAUUUCACCUUCGAGCCCCCCGCCGGGCCCAGCGGAGCCCCCCGGCCCCGCCGCCGGCACCGCCGCGUCCUCUACCCGCCCGCUGUACGGCGGCCGCCCCCCACGGAGGAACCGAGCGCGGCCAAGCGCCUGCUGGUCCUGCUGCUGGCCGUGGUGGGUGCCCAGGUGUACAGCGCGCCGGGGGACGCGGCACCCGUGGUGGCACCCGAGGCGGCCGUGACCCCCCCGCUGACCCCUGAUGUGGCCUUGAACACCCCCCUGGGGCCCCAAGAGCCGCCCAGGACGAUGGUGACAACCCGCCCGCCCAACGGGACCCUCGUAAGGACACCCGCGGGGGCACCCAUGGGUGCCUCCUGCCCGCGGCUGCUGCUGCUGUCGCCCGCCCUGCACCCCCACAACGGCACGGCCGAGGGUGCUGCCCCCCGGGACCCUCAUCUCCUCUCGGGGUGACCCUACAGGACGUCACCAGCACCCCGGGGUGGCAUCGGGGCCAUGCCCGGUCGCGUUCGGACUAACGGGAGCGACGCCCAGCACCCAUGGGUGCCCCUCGCUUCGCCCUCGGGGCCGGCACCCAGCACCCCAGUGACAUUUUGGGGACAGACACUACAAUAUCAGGGCUGUGACAGCA